CUCUGUCACUCGCUCGCUCUCGCCGGAGAAAGUUUUUGCUGCCUCGCCGCUUCCACCCACGCCUCUUCUCCGGCCAUGGCCGUCACCGCCAGCAAACUUAGGGCGGACGCGCCGCAGUACGUCUACCACGGCAACCUCCAGCUUCCUCCACUCCCGCCUCCUUGCCACAAGACGGCCAUGGGCGGCCCCCUCCCUCCACCCCCGUCUCCUCAUCACGAGACGGCGAUGGGCGGCCCCCAGUACAGCGCCGCGGCCUGCUCGAUGACUUUCCCGGUCUUCGCCAGCUACCCGCCCCCGCCCCCGCCAUACGUUCCCGCUCCCGGACCAAUCUACGGCGUCCCUCAGCCACCGCAGCCGGCAUUCCGGUGUCAUGUCCACUUCGCUCCCCCCUCGCUGCUGCGUUCAACCGCGCCGCCGCGCCGCCUCGGCAAGGUUCCCCCCUCGCUGCUGCGUCCAACCGCGCCGCAGUGCCGCCUCGGCAAGGUUCCCCCCUCGCUGCUGCGUCCGACCGCGCCGCAGUGCCGCCUCGGCAAGGUUCCCCCCUCGCUGCUGCGUCCAACCGCGCCGCACUGCCGCCUCGGCAAGGCUGUCCCCUCGGCGCCACCAAAGCAGGCAGCGGUGGAGACUUUCCCCGGCAAGGAAGCCCCCUCGCCGCCGCUGCCGGCUGCGCCGGUGCCUUGGAGCACCGAGGCUGUCCCCACGUCGCCACCGCCCACAGCGCCGGUGCCCUCGAGCCGCAAGGCUCCGGAAGUUUCGGCGCGGCCGCACGGCCUCCCUCCGCACAGGCUCAUGUUUUGGGCCGUGGACGUGGACGCCGAGAAGCAGCAGGCGCAGGCGGCGGCCAUCGCGGGGGCGGCCCAGUCCGUGAAGCCUCGCGGAAGGAAGGCCGGGCCGGGUCGGAUGCAGGCGCAGCAGCACAGGACGGGGAGGAGAAGGAGCGGUGAGCUCGGGCGCCGGCAGGCGAAGGCGGCGCCAGCCGAGGUCGCCUGCAAGCCGGCGUUCACGACGAGGCCGCCGACGCCGAGGCCCGCGCCGGAGUGGAGCGACCCGCAGGUCACCACCGUCAUGAUCCGGAACAUCCCCAACAGGCUCAAGCCGGCGGAGAUGAUGCAGUUGCUGGACGACCACUGCGCCCGCGAGAACAGGGAGGAGAAGCGCGGCGACGUGCCCGCCGCCUACGAUUUCCUCUACCUGCCCAUGGAUUUCAGCUUGUGCUGCAACCUGGGGUACGCGUUCGUGAACCUCACGUCGGCGCAGGCGGCGCGCGUGCUCCACUCCGCCCUGCACGGCGCCCGCUGGACGGUGUUCGGCACCAACAAGGUCAUCGACAUCUGCGCCGCGCGUAUCCAGGGCAAGAGGGCGCUGGUGAAGCACUUCAGCAACUCGACCUUCCCGUGCGCCACCGACGACUGGCUCCCCGCCGUCUUCUCACCGCCGCGCGACGGCGCCGCCGACCCGUCCGUCGCCGGCGAGGCCACGCGCGUCGGCACCCGCGUCACUCCCGCCACUCCCCUGCGGGCCACGCCACGGGCGCAGCGGCUGGCAGGCAAGCCCGUGGCCCGUGGGCGUCGCCAGCGCGGGGUCAUGAAGCCGAGCAGCGCAACAAGCUGCGCGUGAGGCGUACUAUGCUCCAUUGCUCGUUCGUGCUAGGGUAGCAGCGUCGCACGGUCAAACCGGAGUCCGGCCAUGCCUUCCCUUUCUUUCUCCUUUGGUUGGUGCAGGGAGGGAAGGCUGUUGGACUCUGGACAUGAGCAAGCAUCGCACUGCUCUGCCACGGAAAUUUCUUUGUCUCCACUUAGAAAUCGCCAUGAAAUCUCUCCUGUGUGUGUGGUGUAGCAUCAGCCUCUAUCCUGUGCUGGCUGUGUAAUGUGUCCGUAGCAUGUGUCUUGUUCAAAGCAAAAGACUGUCUGGUGUCUGGUCGCCGAGUCGCCAUUGGCCCAGGCAUUGUACGGUACCUCCCGUGCUGCAAGCUCUCUGUUUGUGGGUUGGAAGUUGGAACUAGAAGCUAGUCUGUGGUGCUUUC